CUAACGUCAAAAUAAUUUUUAGGUUAUAUCUAAUCAUGUCUAGGUUUUUAUUUGUAUUAACAUUAGCUUAAUUAGAAUUAUAUUUUCCUCUAUAAUGACAAUUAUAAAAUAAUAUAUAUAAUAAUUACCUCUAAUUUCUAAUAUGAGUUGCUACUAACAUUAUUCAGUUUUAAAUUUAUAGUAGAAAUGGCCAUUGUUAGAUGGCGCUGUUAAAACUUGGUUAAAAUUUGAGAUAUAUUUUUUAACUUUCUUAAUUAUACAAUGUAGGAUUAUUUUUCUUUUAAAACACAUAAUAAACUUUCCUUUUUUCUUUACACUGUUAUUAUUCACCCUACACAUUACAAUUCAUCAUCCAUUUACAUCAUCCUUUAAACAGGAAGUUUCAGUUUAUUUUGGAAGGAUUUUUCAAAUUUUUUUAGGUUUAUGAUAGGUGUACUAAAAGAAAUGUUAAUUUCCAUUCUUUUACUGGGUCUCGCUACAGCGCAGCACCCGAAAUUCCCAUAUAUCGACCCAUCCAGACCAGACACAGAGGUGCCACAGAACUAGACCUCUGUUGGAGUGUGUUCCUGACCUCCGAAAUAGGGAGACAUGUGAUCCUUGUAGAGAAGACGCGUUCUCCCGCCUGCCAUGGGGAAUGGCAUGAACAAGGUUUUGCCAGGUCUCUAUGUAGGCAAUUAUAGAGAUUCCAAAGAUUCUGCUCAACUAGACAAAUAUAACAUAACACAUAUCGUUGCCAUCCAUGACACAGCCAAAAAGAUUCAUUCUGAUAAACAUUAUCUUUGUGUGAUGGCAUCAGAUUCGCCCGACCAAAACUUAACGCAAUAUUUCUCACUUUGUAACGAUUUCAUUCAUGCCGCCCGUUUAAGGGAGGGAAACGUCUUAAUUCAUUGCCUCGCAGGGAUGUCUCGGAGCGUCACAGUAACUGUAGCCUACAUAAUGUCCGUAACCAAUUUAAAUUGGAAGGAGGCGUUAAAAGUUGUUAGAGCGGGAAGGACGGUGGCUAACCCAAACUUGGGCUUCCAAAAACAAUUACAGGAAUUUGAAGAUUUAAAAUUGCACGAAGAGAGGAGACGAUUAAAGGAACGUUAUCCAAGUUUGGCUUUGGUACAAAUUGAUCGAGAACAAUGUAUGCUCAGCUUAAAUAAUUACGAACAAUUAUUAUCAACGCGAACGAUAUGCGAAGGAAGAUGUUCUAUGGGUGAACGAUGUCCUACGGGAGUUUGCCGAACUCCAGAUUCCGGUAGGAGGAGUUCACGAAGAAGUAGUAAAGGGCAAACAGAAAUUAAAAGGAGUCCUAGUUCAACUAAUGUUAGGCCAAAAUCUGGUCCGGCGGGGUUAAGAAGUUAUGGAGGUUCCGCUCCUCCAUCACGAGCUGGUUCUCGUUUGGAUUUAUCAUGUUCAAGUGGUACUUUAACAGCCCCCGUUACACCUGCGUCAACACCGCCAGUUUCACCGAGAAGAAGAGGACGUUCCCCCCGAAAAAACUCCACUCAAUUGUCUAUACAAGAAGAUGUUAACUCAUAGUGGCUGCUCUAGUUUGUAGGGGUAGCUUAAAUUUAAAAAAAUUGUUUUCAAGUUUUAAAAGAAACCAUCAUUCCAUCCACCCAAUUAAAAAAAAGAAUGUUAAGAAACACUAACAUAUUAUCCGUAUUUGUCAAUUCCCGGCAGGAAAAAGUCCAAAAAAUGUAAAAUUUAAAUGAUUUAUAGUUAUUAAGUAAAAUCGAUCUAACUUCAAAAAAAUCUUUGAUGUUUCAAAGAUAACCUUACUUUUUUGGUGUUAGGUCGAUUUGAAUAAUUUUUUAAAAAUGAAUGGAAAUUCCUAAAGAUGUUGUUUCCGUCAUCGUAUUUCUCUGUGAUACCAAAAGAAAAACACGUUUUUAAUAAUUAAAACAGCGUUUUAAUUUAAAUAAGAAAAAUGAAAACGUUUGAAACUAAGGUUGUAAGAAUGUAGGCUGUUUAUUAAGAACGAAAGAAAGUUAACGAAAACGUUUUAGAAUAUUCUAUUUAAAAAAAAGCAAUCAUUUCGAAAAUAAUUAUUUUAAAUACAUUUUUAAGGAUCUCAGCACAGUACCUUGAAUCAGAAUAUGAAAAAUACAAGAAAAUCGAUUAGUUUCAAUACCAAGAACCAUAUUUUUCCAUUGCUCUGUGUAUAUAAGACGUUUUUUUUUAAUAUAUUUUAUAGCUAUUAAUAAAGUGUUUUAAUAAUAGCGUUAGCAAGCAAUAAUAUUUGCCUCAAUAACAUUGAUUUAACGUUUAUAUGUAAUAAUUUUACGAAUUGUUAAAAAAAGGGGCAUAGUUGUUAAUAUUGGACCAAAGAUGGGCCUUUAUUUCAUCGUUAUUUAGCUGCAUAGUUUUAGGCACAACAUUUAAGCACAACUAUUAGUAAAAAAGCUAACUAUAAAUGUCUUCUAGCUUUUCGACAAUAUUUUUAAAAAAAUCUGUUUUACAUUUAAUUAAUACUGAAAAAUGUACAAAAAAUUA